AUGGACGAUGACUUCAUGGAUGAUCAGGAUUAUGGCCUGGAAUAUUCGGAUGAUUCAGCCAGUGAACCGGAUGUGGAUUUAGAGAAUCAGUACUACAAUGCAAAAGCCUUAAAAGCUGAAAAAGAAUUUGAUAGUGCUUUGAAGACUUUCAAACAUGUAUUAGAGUUGGAAAGCGAGAAGGGAGAAUGGGGGUUCAAAGCGCUCAAACAAAUGGUCAAGAUAACGUUUGCUGCAAAUCGUUAUGAUGAAAUGCUGAAAUAUUAUCGACAGUUACUUACCUACAUCAAAUCAGCUGUUACGAAGAAUUACUCAGAGAAAUCAAUAAAUUCGAUUUUGGACUAUAUUUCGACAUCAAAGCAAAUGGAUUUGUUACAAAUAUUUUAUGAAACAACAUUGGAUGCAUUAAAGGAUGCCAAGAAUGAGCGGUUGUGGUUUAAGACAAACACGAAACUUGGGAAGUUGUAUUUUGACCAAAAAGAAUUUGGAAAGCUGGAGAAAAUAAUUAAACAAUUACGGAAUUCAUGUAAGAAUGAACUUGGUGAGGAAGAUCAGAAGAAGGGUACCCAGCUGCUUGAAAUUUAUGCUCUUGAAAUUCAGAUGUAUACAGAACAAAAGAAUAACAAAGCUUUGAAAGCACUCUACGAGCAAAGUUUACAUGUUAAAAGUGCAAUACCACAUCCACUUAUUAUGGGUGUCAUUCGCGAAUGUGGAGGAAAAAUGCAUUUACGAGAAAAGCAGUUUGAAAAAGCUCAUACUGAUUUUUUCGAAGCUUUUAAAAAUUAUGACGAAAGUGGAUCCGAACGAAGGAUUGCAUGUUUGAAAUAUUUGGUGCUUGCGAAUAUGCUUAUUAAGUCUGGAAUAAAUCCAUUUGAUAGUCAGGAAGCAAAACCGUUCCGCAAUGAUCCUGAAAUAGUUGCAAUGAAUCAACUUGUAGGAGCUUACCAAGACAAUAAUUUGAUGGAAUUUGAAAGCAUUCUUGAAAAAAAUCGUGAUGCCAUUAUGGCUGAUCCAUUUAUCCGUGAACAUAUUGAAGAAUUGCUUACCAACAUUCGUUCGCAGGUAUUAAUAAGUCUUUGUGUACCGUACUCUCGGAUUUACUUAUCAUUUCUUGCACAACAACUUCGGGUUAAAGUGGACGAAGUUUUAGUGCUUCUUGCUGACUUGAUUCUCGAUGGUGCAUUGAAUGCAAAGAUUGAUGAAAUCAGUGGUAUCCUGAUAUCCGAAUCAACUAAUAAAGCAACACGGUGCGCGGCAAUUGUGAGAUGUGCGAAACAGUUGUCUUCACUGCACCUUUCAAUUGUUGACAGAUGUUCAUAA